AUGGAAUAUCCUCAUGAGCCCUGCGUAUCCUCUCAGCUUAGUAUCCAGCAAUUCGUCGAUAGAGCCCAAGAGGUGCUAGCCAAUGAGGACAGUGAUGACGCUGUCAGCGACUUUGUACGGUUUGCAUUGGCUGGGCGCGACGUCUCUCACGCCGAACAAAAGCGUAUUUUUGUCAAUGCUCGCCAACAUGUCGACACUGUGCUUCCUCAUCAGUAUUCGAUCCGGCGCGACUACGAUUCUUUAAUCGGCAUCACUCGUUCUCUCCCUUUCAAUGAUACACUAUACCUGUACAGCUUUCCUCCAAUCAGAGAGGCAAUGCAGCCCUCCGACAACCCUCACGUCAAAUUUGCGAUGCCGAUGGCCAACGGCGCCACCCUUAAAGUCCCUCUGCAGCGCAUCCCUAACAUAGCAUUCGGCAAAUUGAGCCACCGAGGCCAAUCUCGUUUGUUCUUCCCUGCACUCUGGGCCUCUGGAGAGCAUCUCUGGUCCAUUACCCAGGCUACGUAUGCAAAGUUCUACGACACCAUUCUCCUCCCAAGCAUUCGGCAUGUGUCCGCUGUGUCUGCCGCGCAUUGGCCUAUCUCCUACUCCAGUGCAAUGAAUCACGCUCGGGACGCACGUGGUCACUACCACUACCAAACUCUCGAUGUCAACUAUACCGACCUUGUUGAACUCGAGACUCAACUCCUCGAGCGUAUGGAUCAAGAUGCCACUUUCAAAGGCGCAUUCUGGGAGCACGAGCUCCGUGGAACCAAGGAUGCCACCGGCCACGAAUUUGAGGACGUUGACGCACACCGGGAUCGCUUCGAGUCGUUCAUCAGCAUCCUGAACAUGGACCGUGUCGUACCUGCUGAGUGGUGCGUGGACGUCGCAGUAGAGAUCAGCAUUGCUGGUUUCAACGUUGCCUGGUUAACGACUACCGCGCUCCCUUUCACGCAUGCUUGCUACCGCGUUGUCGACAACGCCAUGUGGGGCAAGGCCUUUGAUAAUUACUUCCCCGUGGACCCUACCGCUCGUACCGGCCCCACACAGAACUUUGGCUCAGUUCUCUACAGGUCCGAGUGGUCCGUCAUUGUAUCGCAACUGGGCGUUGAUUCUCGCACAACUGUCCGCCGUGAACUGAAGCGCAAGUUUGACGAUUUCAUAUGGAUUCCUUACGCCUCUGACCGUAUCUGGGCCACCACUCCGCAGAGAGGCAAGAUUUGGCGUCAACUCCCUGAAGGUCCACGCGUGUGCGCACCUCAUUUAUACGUCAAUCCUCGCUUUGCCCACAAGCACUUUACCCUGCGCGCAGCCAGCAACGAGAUUGAAGAAGAUUCCGACGUGGACUCAACGUAG